AUGGAGUCUGUUGCCUCCAAUUCUAGUUCCCCAUCAAACCAUAACCACCACCAUCAUCACCCUCGGUUCAAACCCAGCCAACCUAUUUCAGACCGAAUAGUUCGAGCCCUCCGCCACCGCCUCCGUCUUCUCCACCGUUCAAGCUCAACCUUCUUCAUAUUUGGUGCCACCGGAAACGUCUACACAGUUAGCUUAUCCUCCACACCCUCAUGCACGUGCCCUGAUCGCACAACCCCAUGCAAACACAUCCUCUUCGUUUUCAUUCGAGUCUUGGGUGUGUCCCUCGACGAUGUGUGUCUAAGAAGAAGAACCCUUCGACCAUGCCAGCUUCAACGCCUUCUCAAUAUGCCCACGUUGCCAGAAGCAAUUGCAGGUGGCACCUUACGCCAAAGGUUUCACCAACUAUUCUUUGAUGGACGACAAGGAGGGUCAACAAGGCCAAGCAUAGAGAUGGAGGAUGGUGCAACGUGCCCGGUUUGUCUUGAGGAAAUGAAGAAAGAAGAAAAGUUGAUGGCAUGUGGAACAUGUCGUAACCCUAUUCAUGAAGAAUGCUUGGUGAGGUGGAAAAGAAGCAGGGGAAGAAGAACAGCUAUUUGUGUGAUUUGUAGAGCAAGGUGGAGGGAUAGGAUGGAACAGGAUAAGUAUCUUAACCUAUCUGCUUAUGUUAGCGAGGUUGAUAUGGCUCAGCCCAGUGGGGGUCUUUGCACUGGCUAA